AUGAGUUACGCCGACAUUGCUGCCAAAGGGCCCAAGCAGUCUCCAGAGGAGGUGCGUCACCCUGUCCUUCUGGUUGAGACUGUCCCUAAACUGACAAACAACAGGCUUCCUUCGCUCGAACCAUCCGAGUCUGAAUCCGCAAGCUUGGUCGACGUCGAUUCACCUCAUGUCAGUUCCGUCACGUCCGAUUUCCGAGAGCAAUCGGUCAAGACGGACACCCAAGCUGAGAGACUCGAACACGAAGCGGAGGACAAGGCUCGUGCUGCGGCGAGGGAGAUCUCUCACGAUGCCGACAGCGCUAAGAAGAAGGCUGCCACCAAGGGCAAGCAGAUCAAGGACGAGCUGAAGAAGGAUGGCAACAAGUUGAACGAGAACAGGGAUAAUCCUGUGGUCAUUGGCAACGCUCUCAUCUGGGGCAUUGCGACCGUCGCCAUCGGAUACGGCGCCUACCAGAAACAUACCGAAGGCAAAUUGGACUGGCAGCUGGCUGGGACCGUAGCUGGUGCCGUCGGCGCAUUCGCUGUGGCCGAUUAUUUCGGCAGCAAGUAA